GGUGAGGGAUGCUGGUGUAGUACCUCAUCUCAGCUUUGCUUCCAUCACUUGUGCUGUAGCAUGGACAAACCUUUGUCAGAUUUGAAGGAAAUCUGUUCGCUGUUUCUGCCAGGAACCCCAUUGCUCCCAGCAUGACACUAAUGAGGCAAGUGCCUUUGGAGAUUCUGCUUCAGAACUCGGAAGUAAAUACAAGUUUGAUAAAAACACAGCUGCUUGCACGACUUGAGGGCAGAAGUGCUCUGAAGAAUCUUGAACCUUAUCUGUUUGCUGAGGAAGGAUCUCCUGUUCACGGAGAUGUCAUUGAAUUCCAUGGACCGGAAGGAACAGGAAAAACAGAAAUGCUUUAUCAUCUUGUAGCCCGCUGCAUCAUCCCAAAAUCAGGAGGAGGUCUGGAAGUGGAAGUCAUGUUCAUUGAUACAGACUACCAUUUUGAUAUGCUUCGUCUAGUUACCAUCCUUGAGAACAGAUUGGCACAAAGGACAGAAGAAAUGAUCAAGCAAUGCCUGGGAAGGCUCUUUCUGGUGAACUGCAGUAGUAGCACUCAGUUACUCCUCACUCUCUACUCCUUAGAAAACAUGUUUUGCACUCACCCCUCUCUCUGCCUUUUGAUUUUAGAUAGCAUAUCAGCUUUUUACUGGAUAGACAGAAGCAAUGGAGGGGAGAGUCUCACCUUGCAGGAGAUGAAUCUGAAGAAAUGUGCUAACUUCCUUGAAAAGCUUGUGAGCAAGCAUCACUUAGCCCUCUUUGCAACAACACAGACGCUGAUGCAGAAAUCUGCAAACUCCGCAGAAAGCUUUUUCCCUUUAAAACUGACACACGAAACUGAUACAGACUAUAGACCAUACCUUUGUAAAUCAUGGCAACAAAUGGUAACCCACAGGAUAUUUUUCUCUAAGCAGUGUAAUUCUGAUAACAGCAAAGGUUUCACAGUCACUUCUUGCCACCUCAAAAGAAACCAUGUAGUAAAACGUUCAUUUAGUAUUGCAGAAUGUGGAGUGCAGUUUUAACUUCAGUUUGGUUUUAAAUGUGUAGCAAAUCCUGGUGCUUAAUCCUCACUGGCUCUAG